AUGAGUUUGAAUCCGGAAUACGAUGAUAAUUACAAGGAUUUCCUGCUUUCCCCGCAAUUCGAGCUCGCUUCCACCGACGACGACGACGAAGAUUUCAAUUAUGCAACGGUAAAAUUUGAAAUGUUCUCAUUUAAAUAAUAUUUUCAGAAUGUAAUGGAGUACGCGAAUGAAUACUGCGAAGAAGAGGAAGAAAUCGACGUGGAGGGCGUCGAAAUGGAUCAAAGUCCUAAAAGUGGCCCGCAUCAGCAGAAUCUCGCCGAACUGCUCGCAAUUCAGCCCAUUUCGACGGCCGACCGAUUGGCCGCCUAUUCAGAAAUGCAACUGGUGAAGCCGUUGCGCAGUUUAAAAAAUUCAAGAGCAAAAAAACAGAAAAAUGAGAAGGAAACUGCCGACAAAGGUAAUUCGGGCCAAAAAAUUUUCAAUUAUUGUUUUUUCUUUCUAGAAUGUUCCAGCUCGAGCUCAACAGCGAGAACAGUGGUUCCGAAGAUUCUGGCGGGCACGCCGUCCGACAAAUCGAGCGAGGAGUCGCCGCAACUGCGUCAUUGGAAGAAUGCCGAUCGAUCGGACGCGUUGUUCUGUGCCACGUGCCAACAAUGUUUCCGAUCGCAAGUCGUGUACACUCUCCAUCAAAAACGACACGACAAGGGAUUGGAGAUGUGAGAUUUUUACAAGAAAUUAAAAAAAAUUAGGAAUUCGUGAUAUUUUGGGCCGAAAUCGGGUGAAUUUGUCGUGUGAAAGUAAUCUAUCAGUUCUUAACACAAAAUGAACGGAAGAACGCUGAAAAACGGUUCAAUUUCAGUCCGAUUCCAAACUUUCUGUGUCCGAUGCCCGGAUGCAACGUCCGCUGCGAUUGUCAGGCGACCGUCAACAAGCACGUUCAGGAUCGGCACAAUCGCGGCGAUCUCGUCAUCGAACAUUUCAGUUUUACCAGUUGGACCGAAUUUGAGGUCAUUUCCCUUAAAAUUUCCAGCAAAUGCGUCUAAUUUCAGCGUUGGAAGGAUAAUCUGGAAGAUUCGACGUCGUCGCGCUUCGUGCACUCUUCCGGAAAGCCGUGCACGCUCGGCAAGACUCGGUAGAAUGCGCUUUUUCGUAAAAUUCCCUGUAAAAUUAGCAAAGUUAUUUGUUUUUGCAGAAGACUGUCGUGUUUCUUCUCGCGCCGAAACGAUUCGUACAAACGUCCGGCACGUGGCAUUCGUUCGAAAUUGUCGCGAAAACAGGAGAGCACUUGUACCGCCCACAUGUCGGUUAAGGACAUUUUCGGGUAAGUCGAGGGUGAAAAGGCUCAAUUCUCAUUAAAUUUGCGUGUUUCGCUGAUUUUCAAUUCCCGGUAUACCGCACUUGCAACAUCACCAUUUUUUGCAGAGAAAUCUCGGUGCGCGCGUGUUUGACGCACUGUGGCCACGAAUCGGCCCAUCUUCAGAAAUUGCCGCUUUCGACGGUCAUCAAACGAGAAAUCGCCGAACUUCUUGUGCAGGGACUCAACGAAGAGGAAAUUGUGCGAAAUCUGAAACGUAACACUUCCAAAUUUUCCUCAAAGACGACAGUUUCAGAAGCGAGCAAUCAGAACGAUCGGAGAUUCUACAUUCAGCCGUACGAGGUUCGGAACAUCCUCAACAAAAUCAUCAAAAAUCAAUUGUUCCGACGCGAGAAACGGCAAGAAGAGACGGUGGCGACAGAAGAGACGGUUCGUGAAAAAUCGAGAAAUUUGAUUAAUUCUUGUUCUUUUCAGAAACCCGAAAGAAUCAAAGAAGAAGUUCCGCCGGCUGUGGCCAACGAAGAAGUCGUUUAA